AUGACCUCUAACGUUUUCCUUUCUGGUUGGAUGCCCACUGGAGUUGUGGCUCAAGUCCAAGAAGCUCUCACAUCGAUGGGUGCUGUCAUUCACGUGGAAGGAAACGUCAUGGCAGUGGUCUUUGCCAAAGAGGAAGCCAAGGCCAAGGACGAUGAAGCUGAUGGAGCGGACCGCACCAAGGAUGAUCGAGCCGAUGGCACCAACGGCACAAACAACAACGACGAUAGCAGUGGCUCUGAAACAACAUUCCACGCCUCAGAGGAAGAGGAUGACGCAUUCCCCCCUGCAUUGGACUCUUCUGAGGACGAGGAAGCUUUUGCCAGACUCAGAGUUAACACAAAGCCUCCUCCUCCACGCCGCAGUCGCCACUCUCGUUUCACCCGCAACUCUCGUCCUUCUCCUCCCAGCCCAUGCACCCCCUCUCCUGAGUUUCUCGACUCUCAGGACUUCGCGUUCAACUAG